GCAACCGUUUGACGCUGGCUAUGCCCAGAACUUUGCUGUGGGUCGUCUUACACGAAUCUUCCGCCUUAUGAGGAUCUUCAGGGUACUCCGUGUGAUGCGCUUCGCCAAGAAUCUGCAACAGUUGCGGUUGCUUGGCGAUGUCCUUUCCAAAUGCCUAAGCCCCUUGAUGUGGGCAUUGCUCGUUUUGGGCAUCAUCAUGGUGGGAACCGGAGUUUUGAUGUCCCAGCUUCUCUUGGAAUAUGUUCUGGAUACCACCCAAGAUUUGGAAAAGCGCCAGUGGGUCUACGAAUAUUAUGGCACUGCUUUGAAAGCGACUUAUUCCGUCUUUGAAGCGACCUUCAGUGGCUCCUGGCCGUUGCUGGCCCGGAAUUUGAUUCGAGAUGUUUCUGAGUGGUACUGCAUUUUCUGGAUUGCGUACCAGGUUGUUAUUGGCUUCGCUGUGAUGCGGGUCAUCGGCGCACUCUUCUUGAAUGAGACGAUUCGAGCAGCCAACUCCGACGGAGAAGCUGAAGUCCUUCGGAAGAUGAAGGAGAAAGAGGCCUUCAGCCAAAAGGUCUAUCAGUUCUUCACUGCUGCUGAUGCUUCCGGGGAUGGGCGCCUGUCCUACGAAGAAUUGGAAACAGCUCUUCAGGAGCCUGGCGUGGAAGCCUGGUUAAAGGCCUUGGAGUUGGAAAUUCAUGAAGCUUACACUCUCUUCAACUUGCUGGAUGAUGAUCGAGAUGGUGAAGUUUCCUAUGAAGAGUUCCUUCAUAGCGCUUUGCGGCUCAAGGGUAAUGCCAGGGCUAUCGACUCCAUCAUGAUCAUGCAUGAGCAGGCAAAGAUUGGGGAUGAGAUCAAGAAGCUGCGCAACAUGGUUGUGAACUCAUUCGCUGAAGCUUCAAAGAUCCGGGAACGGAUCCAGACAGCUGCGGAAUCCCAGAUUGUGGCGAACCCGUUCGCGCACAGCACUGAAAGGAGAGGCUCUCCCUUCGGAGAUUUGCUGCUUUCACCGUCAGCAACGAAGGCAAAGUUGGCUCAGCGAAGGGCCUCGGAAGUGCACAUUCGCAAACCCAUGGAAUUGACCUGAGAAGAUUCACUGAGACUGCCGUGCGAUGUGAACAAUGAGUAAUCUGAGUAAUCUGUUGAGAGUUGAAACUGUAACAAUCUGUAACAGUUGAAAGUCAAGAUUCUUUUGAGAAGACUUGACGUUUUCUCAUCUUUCUCUCAAGAGGGCAAUCCGAACUGCUGCGGGUCCCGGCAAGUUCGAACAGCGUUGGCAUGACAG